GUACAAUCAGGAAUUUAAGUUUUAUACUAUUUAAAAAAGGAAUUAAAUGAGGAAUACCAAGAAUUUCUAUGUUAUAUAUGUCUAUAAAUGUUUUUUGAAGAAUACAGGAAGAAGUUAUUCAAGUUUUAAAAGAAACAUAGACAAAAAGAUCUUGGAACUUGACUUUAAAUCUUUAGAUGAUAAAUGGGGUAAAAAAUGGCAGAAAAUAAAGAAUCAGAAUAAGAAAUAUAAGGAAAAUACAUAUAGAAAGUUUUAUAUAUUAAGCAUGUUUCCUUAUCCUAGUGGAUCAUUACAUAUGGGGCAUUUUCGAGUUUAUACAAUAAGUGAUGUUAUAUCUAGAUUCAAAAGAAUGCAAGGCUAUGAUGUUAUACAUCCUAUAGGAUGGGAUGCUUUUGGAUUACCAGCAGAAAAUGCGGCUAUUGAAAGAAAUAUUUCAGCAGCAGAGUGGACUUCACAAAAUAUUAUGAAAAUGAAGCAACAAUUUUCAAAGAUGAAUAUUGAUUUUGAUUGGGAUAGAGAAAUUACUACAUGUUUGCCAUCUUAUUAUAAAUGGACGCAGUUGCUAUUUUUAAAAUUCUACAAUGAAGGAUAUGCUUAUCAAAAAGAAGAAUAUGUUAAUUGGGAUCCUGUAGAAUCUACGGUUCUUGCUAAUGAGCAGAUUGAUUCAUUGGGUAGAUCAUGGCGUUCUGGAGCUAUUGUUGAAAAAAAAAAGUUAAAACAAUGGUUUCUUAGAAUUACUGAUUUUUCUGAGUCACUUCUUAAAGAUAUUUCUACGCUUAAGGAUUGGCCAGAAAGAGUGAAGAUUAUGCAAAAAAAUUGGAUUGGAAAGUCAACAGGUGUUGAAAUUCUCUUUACCUUAAAAUACAAAAAUAUCAAAAAUCUUCCUAAUCUUUUCAAAGAUAUAUAUGUAUUUACACCAUAUCCCAAUGCACUAUUUCACCUUCAAUAUAUUGUUCUUUCUCCAUUUCAUCCUAUUGUUUCUGAAUUGGCUCUUAAGGAUUCAAAUCUUCAAAUGUUUUUGAAAAAUAUUUCAAGUAUAGGUAUAUAUUCUAAGAAGGGAUUUUUGCUGGAAAACAUUCAAGCUUAUAAUCAAUUUAUACCUGACUUUUCUUUUCCAGUUUAUGUUUCUUCAUACAUUUUAGACAGUUAUGGUUGUGAUGCUAUUAUGGGUAUUCCUGCUUACAAUUCUCAUGACUUUCAGUUUUGUAAGGAAAAUUCUUUAGAAAUUGGUACUAGUAAAGCCAUUGAUGAAGAUACAAAUGGCAUGGUUUUCAAUGGAAAUUCAGAACAUUCUUCUAAAAUAUUUUCUGAAAAGGCUACUCAGUUAAUUCUUAAAAUGGAAUCAUUGAAUUUAUGUAGAACGGUCACUCAUUGGAAAUUAAAAGAUUGGCUUAUAAGUCGCCAGAGAUUCUGGGGGACGCCCAUUCCUAUUGUUUAUUGUUCAAAUUGCGGGACUAUUCCUGUUCCUGAAUCCAAAUUGCCUGUAUUACUGCCCAAAAAACCAGUAAUAAAAGGUUCUAGUGGAUCACCAUUGACAAGUGAUGAAGAAUUCUUACAUACAAAUUGUCCAAAAUGCAAUGGCCCAGCUAAACGAGAUACAGAUACUAUGGAUACUUUUGUAGAUUCAUCAUGGUACUUCAUAAGAUUUACUGAUCCACAGAAUUCCGAAGAACCUUUUAAUAUUGAAAGAGCAUCACAACUUCUACCAGUUGAUUUAUAUAUUGGCGGCAUUGAACAUGCAAUAUUACAUCUUUUAUAUUCCAGAUUUUUUAUGAAAUUUGCAAUUAAAACAAAAUUAUUGAAAGAUAUAAACAAUGGUGAGCCUUUUAGUAAGUUAAUUACUCAGGGUAUGGUUCAUGGAAAAACAUAUGUUGAUCCUAUAACUGGACGUUUUCUAAAACCUGAUGAAUUGGAUUUAAACAAUCCUAUGUUUCCAAAAAUAUUAAAUUCAAAUAUAACACCAAAAAUUAAAUAUGAAAAAAUGAGCAAAUCAAAACACAAUGGGGUAAAUCCUAUAAAAUAUAUCGAUAUUUAUGGUGCUGAUUGUGUUCGUGCUCACAUUCUUUUUUCUGCACCUAUUACUGAAGUUCUUAAAUGGGAUGAAACAAAAAUAAUUGGUAUGCAAAGAUGGCUUAAUAAAUUAUUUCGAAUAGUUCAUGAAAUAGAUCUCACAAAAACUACAAAUAUGAAAUCAUAUCAAGUUAAAUGGGACAAUUUAAAUUCUUCUGAAAAAGAAUUAUGGAUAACUGUUCAAAAAACAAUCACUGAUAUUACACAUUUUUUUUCUAAAAAUUAUCAAUUGAAUACCGCCGUUUCGUCUUUAAUAAAAUUAACAAUUAAACUCGAUUCUUCUAGGAAUAAUAUUUCUAACAAUUUAUAUUUUCAUGUUACAGAAAUACUAUUGAAACUUAUCGCUCCAAUUACACCUGCUGUUGCUGAAGAAUUGUAUUCAUAUCUUUACUCAGAAAAUCAUUCUAUAUUCAAUUCUUCAUGGCCUUUAGCUGAUACUUCUGUUCAAAAUGAAACUAUUCAAGCUGGAAUUCAAAUUAAUGGAAAAUUAAGAUUUCGUCUUACUUUACCAUACAAUUGUACUGAUAAAAAUAUUAUUUUACAAUUUAUAUUAAAAAGCGAUCAAGGAAAACAAUGGAUUAAAGACAAAUAUAUCACAAAUAAUAUAAAAAACGUCAUUAUUGCUCCUGGAAAUAAAGUCAUUAAUUUAAUUCUAUCUUGAUAUUUAACAAAAUACAUAAACAUCAUAAUACAUAAUUACAAAUUU